CGAGGCUCAACAACAGUGCGUUUGUCCCGACAGGUAUAUAAAACCCUAACUUCAUCCUGGCAGACUUGAGACUUUACUUCACACCCUCCUCAGUCUCUGGCUGCACACAGAAGACGCGCUGCACAGCGGAGGAGUGAGAGACCAUGACUGAAGAAACAGCAGACAGGGCCCCCUCUUCAGACUCUGGGCCAGAUAAAGGGGCCCCUGAGGAAGGGGCGAAGCCCAGGGAGAAAUGGGCCAACAACAUGGAAUUCAUCCUGUCCAUGGCUGGAGAAAUCAUUGGCCUUGGAAAUAUUUGGCGUUUCCCUUAUCUGUGCUACAGACAUGGAGGAGGUGUUUUCCUCAUCCCCUACAUUGUAUUCCUUGUGUUCUGCGGCAUCCCCAUCUUCUUCCUGGAGACGGCGUUGGGGCAGUACACCAGCGAGGGAGGGGUGACCGCCUGGAGGAAGAUAUGCCCAAUGUUUGAGGGACUGGGCAUCGCAUCCCAAGUGAUCGUCACAUAUCUGAACACUUACUACAUUAUCAUUUUGGCGUGGGCCAUCUUUUACCUGGUCAACUCCUUCAUGAGCCCACUGCCCUGGUCCACUUGCACCAACUCGUGGAACACUGAUUUGUGCCACACUCGCGUGAGCGCAUUUGCAAACCCCCACUUGUUUCAGCCGGGGUCCAACUGGUCUUUCCUGAACAACCUCACUUUACCUGACGUCUAUAUGAAUGCAACUUACAUUGACGAUCCGAAUCAGCUUCUGAGGUCUUCGGAGGAGGAGUUCUGGGACCACCGUGUGCUGAGAUUGUCGGAUGAAAUGUCUUUGGGUAAAAUCCACUGGGACCUGGCUCUGUGUCUCCUGGCUGCCUGGAUUAUUUGUUACUUCUGCAUCUGGAAGGGGAUCAAAACCACUGGAAAGGUGGUGUACUUCACCGCUACUUUCCCCUACCUGAUGCUGUUCAUCCUCUUCAUUCGUGGAGUGACGCUCCCAGGAGCUGCAGAGGGCCUGAAGUAUUACCUCCAGCCGGACUUCAGGAAGCUUGUGGAUCCAGGAGUGUGGUGUGACGCAGGGACUCAGGUCUUCUUCUCCUACGCCGUGUGUCAGGGCGUCCUGACGGCUCUGGGGAGCUACAACAAAUAUAACAACAACUGCUACAGGGAUUGCAUAGCGCUGUGCUGCCUGAACAGCGCCACCAGUAUAUUCGCCGGCUUCGCUGUGUUCUCAGUUCUGGGGUUCAUGGCACAUGAUCUGAAUCUCCCCGUAGAAGAGAUUGCGAGCAGUGGUCCUGGUUUGGCCUUUAUCGUCUACCCCAAAGCUCUGUCUCUGCUUCCUGGAUCAUCCUUCUGGGCUGUGCUCUUCUUCUUCAUGCUCCUUUUACUGGGCCUGGACACUCAGUUCGUGUGCGUGGAAAGCCUGGCCACUGCCAUCACAGACCUGUUCCCCCGUCAGCUGAGGAGGCCGAGAGCCAGAGAGUUGCUGGUCCUCGCCAUUGCUGUGUUUUGCUUCUUGCUCGGGCUGCCAUUCAUUUCUGAGGGGGGAAUCAUCCUCUUCACUGUGGUUGAUUCUUAUGGCGUCAGCGGAAUCGUUCUCCUUGUCAUUGCUUGUUUCGAGACCAUUGUCAUUGGCUGGGUGUACGGUGCGGACCGCUUUUAUGACAACAUUGAGGAUAUGAUCGGAUACCGUCCGUUCCCUGUGCUGAAGUACUGCUGGCUGUUUGUAACGCCGUUCAUCUGCAUGCUUGUUGCACAGUACAACCUGUCCCAUGCUUACCAUUUCAUCAUGGUGAAUGGCUACAUACCCGGCGUCUGGACCCAAAUAUUGGGCUUUAUAUUGAUCAGCCUUCCUCUCAUGUGCAUCCCACUGUUCAUCUUGGUUGCUCUGUAUCGGAAUGCCGAUCAGAUGACCAGGCCCUCCAGCGACCUGCGCCAGGCCCAGCCCCACAAACCACUGCUCACGCUGUGUGGGUGCGUCAUCUUCAGGUCACAGGCGCCACCAAGCAGGAGUACGGUGGAAACAAACGACAAGAUGAUGAUGGAAGAACCCAGCAGAGUUUGAUGUUUGAUGAUCCUUCACUUAUAUACAUUUUAUAUCCUUUUUAUACAUUUGUUUUAACCUUGAUGGAUGUUUUGUUAUUGCCUAUAACUACUAAUGUAAAAUCUGGGCCUGCAUAUUGCAUGUUGACAUGUAUUCCUGCAGGAAGCUGUAGACCAAAAGAAACCUGUUAUUUUCUUGUAAAGAAACUGGAUUAACAUACUAAAUUUGUACUUUGGACCCUAAAUAGUGGGCGGAGCUUGAACAGAAAAAAAAAUUGCUCAAAAUUGGUGUGUUCAACCGAAUAUUAUCUCCUCUUUGUUUUCUUUUUCAAUAAGUCUGGUACCAGUGUGACCCAACGUGAGCUGACAUUGCUUCAGGCAGCUCAUCACAUAUUACGCAGGUCUUUGUGGAUUUUGUGCAUUUUACAGAUUUUCAGUUUCAAAAGCUUUAGUUUUUUUUUCAUAUUCUAAAAUGAUCUGCGGUAUACUUUUCAGUAAAGUGUCAAUAUGUUAAACAUCCUGGUGCAGUGUGUCUUUUGAUUUCACCCUCAUUGAUUCCUCACCAGAGGGUAAACAUUCAAUACAGGUCAAUACGAGCAUCCGCCCAAUAAAUUAAAAAUAAU